AGAGACAGAGGCCGAAGGAGGGAUGGUGACAGGGAUAGGGAGCGCGAUAGGUCUAGAGGGAGAGACAGAGAUCCCAUCGGCCGAGAUAACAGGGAGCGGGGUCGCGACGACUCACGAGACAGGAACCGUGGAAGUGAUGCUGCUCGAGACAGGGACCGAGGCCGUGAGCAUUCUCGGGAGAGAGACCGCGGCCGCGGCUCCUCUCGUGACAGGGACAGGGGUCGGGAUGAGAGAGAUCGGACGAGGGGUAGGGAUCGUGACUCUUUUGACAACACGCGAGACAGAACUCGCCAAUCGGGCGGCCAGGGUCAGGGAAGGCCCAUCUAACAACGGCCCAAUGAUGCAGCCGAUGGGAGGAAAUCUGCCGAUGAUGCAGCCUAUGGGCGUGCCCGGGGCUCCCAUGUUCCCUCCCCAGGGUGCUGGGCAUGGGCAAAUGGUGUUCACGACAACUCAGCGGCCCCAGCCCAAGCUGCCAGGGCCGCACACUCGCACGUACAACAUUCUGCCCAUGAUUUCGUUCAAGGCGUUCAUGGCGGAGCAGCGCGACGAUGUGACACCAGAGGAAUGCAACCAACGCUACGACGAGUACAAGGCCGAUUACGUGCAACGUCUGACACACAGCUUCAUUGAUGUACACUGCAAAGAAGAAUGGUUCCUCGAACGGUACCACCCAAAGAAAGCUGAAUCAACGAGGAACGCCAAACAGAAGUGGGUGGAGAAGGAGUCGGCCGUUUUCGGGGAGCAGCUACGGGCCAACCCGCGGUUGUUCAUCGCCAGCGCUUCGCUUGAUCCUAUUUCCGAGGAACAGCGCUGGGGUGGCAUGGAUAAACGCAAGAAGCGCCCCCGCAACUCGAGUCGGGAGGACGCUUCGGUUGACGCUAUGGAAGAAGACGUGGAUCAACCGGGCGAGACCAUGCCUCAGGACGAUAAAGACGAUGGCGACGCCGACUACGACGUGGAUGCGAAGGAGAUUUCCGCACACUCCGACAAGGUGGCCUUCAUUCGCCGGAUCCCUGCGUGGGUGUCGACGGACGAGCUUGGACGUCAGAUUAUUGAGGAAGCGCCCCAGCACGAACGCAUUGUUUGCUCGGACGCCGCGAACACACGCAACGACGACUUCGCCCGCUCAGCGUACAUCAUCUACGAUACGCCUGAGAAAGCGACGAAGGCUGUGCAGCAGCUGAACAAGAUGCGCAUCUAUCAAAAUUCUAAACCCAAAACCAAAAUCGCCAAGAAGCAGAGUGGAGACGGGAGGUACUUCGAGCUGAAGGUAUUUUCCUACCAGCCGCGCAGCCAGAACUCGGUGGAUCACGACUUCUCCACGGCGAACCGUAUCGCUCAUGACACCAAGCAGAGCCUGAAGGUUGCGAAGGCGCUUGACGAGGAAUUUCGUCGGGCCGAAAGCACCGACGGCAUCACGGCGCUUCUCGCGGAGCCAGAGGUCCAGGCUGCGCUUACAUCGUCGUCAUCAGGGGCUGCCCAACUAGAUCUGGUGUGCGCUUACAUGAAGCGUGUCUAUUUCUACGUGUACUACCGGGGGCAGCAGUGCAGGGACGAGGGGGACAUGAUCGCCUCUAGGGGAGCAGGUCGCGGUGUUCCGGCGGCAUCCAAGGAGGAAAUUCAAGCGGCAAGCCAAGCGAAGGCCAUGAGCAAGGCAGACGCCGUGGAAGGCACGAAUGGAAACGGUGUUGUGGAAGCAAGUGUGGGUUCAACCGACAAGGGCGAGACGGGGCAGACCAGCAGACGUGGAUCCGGAACAGACUCUGUGGACGCUCGUUCCGCUGACCGGAUUAAGCAGGCAAAAAAUGCAGAGGAGACGCGCAAGAAAGAUCAGGCGUUCGUUGAGCGCUACGAUGAGCGCGUCAAAGCGGUGCGAAGCAUACCUGCGUUCAGUGUCGGAUUGAUGCACUCAGAGCUCUUCAAGGCCCCGGAGUUCGUCCACAAGCAUCUGGUCAACAAACAUCCUGAGAAGUACAAGCUCGUACUCGAUCAGGUGGCGGACCCGUUCGUGCGCGAGUUACUAAUGGCAGAUGACAACAAGCCCCUGCCUAACAUCGUGGCGGACGCGAACACCCCUCCCGUGGUGCUUUUACCGGGCGCAAUGGCGAUGGGUGGGACGCUUGGAGCCAUGCCUCAGGGCCCGCCUCCUAUGGGCGCUCCGGGGUUCCCGAUGAUGGGCGGCGGUAUGCCGAUGGGCAUGGGGGGCAUGAUGGGGCCGAUGGUCCCGGGUCAGAUGGGCGGUAUGGGCGACUUUCCGAUGCAGAUGCCGAUGCCGCCGGGGGCGGUGGAGGUUUCCGUGGCAGAGGCGGUCCCGGGGGGCGUUUCGGAGGACGAGGCAUGGGGAGGGUGGACAGCAUGCUGGAGCCGACGGGACCGAGGGACCCAAGGAGCCUCGUAUCUUACGUUGACGUGGAUGCCCCGAAGGUAG